GUUUACCCGCCCGACCAGCCGAUGGUCUUCAAUCCCCAAAACCCCAAUGCUCCGCCGAUCUACCCUUGCGGGAUCUGCCACAAGGAGGUCCAUGACAACGAUCAGGCUAUCCUCUGUGAGUCUGGGUGCAACUUCUGGUUCCAUAGGGUCUGCACAGGAUUGACAGAGGGUGCAUACCACCUGUUGACGGGUGAGGUGUAUGCCGAGUGGGUGUGCGACAAGUGCCUCAACUCGAAAAACAUACCACUGGUCAAGUUCAAACCAUGAGGACGAGCAAUGGACAUGUAAAGGGAUCAGCUGGGGCGAGAUCUCCCCUAUUCCCCCACCACUGCUCAUGCGCAUGUUCAAGCGCAAGCAGUCAGCAGAGAGGCCUUUUCUUUUCUUUUCUUUUUUUUCCGUUUUUCUUUUUUUUUCUCUCUUUUUUUGUUCAGCAUCACUGAGGAAAGUUCCAUGUCUUCCCAAGGCCCCUGUUGCCAAGCCUUGCCUUUGCUGAUUCCUUGACAUAGUCCAGCCUACCGAGUUCCCAUUUUAUAAAGAGACUCGUGUUAGGAUUACUUAAUCUUAGUUUUUGAUAAGCAGCUCCCUGAGAAUGGAGACACCUUCAUAAUUUUUUUGAAGUUGUGGAGGUUUUUAGAGUAACUGAACUCUGCGUAUAUUGCAGAAAAAAAUCUUUUUUAUUGAAGUGGAAAUGAGAAUUACUAAAACCACAUCCAUCCUAGAGCAAAUUGGUUUAGAUAGAGUGAUACAUUUAGAGUUAGGCAUGAAUUUGAUAUAUGAAUUAUAUGUUAAGUAUACUAGACUCUCUGUUCUUAUAGAGGGGUGUGUUAUUUCACUGAGAUCUGAUUGAGAGUAAUUCAUUAUUGGUUAUUUAGGAUUUUGAACAUUAGAUGUACAAUAUGAUAUGACACUUGAUUACAGAUAGUAAAUAAUGAUAGUUAGUGUGGUUGUUUUAGUAACUGUUAUUACUACUAUUACUUUUGUUUAUCAGUGUUAUUAAUUUCAUUUAUUAUUAUUGUUAUUAUCAUCAUCAU